CAAUGACUGAAACAAAUAAAAGGACAAAAGAAACCAUCACCCUCCCCCUACGUAGCCAUCUCUGCGAAUCACAUCACAAAGUCAAACCAUGUCACAUAAUCACCAGACCGUAUCAUACAUCAUCACGAAGCUAACAAUAUCUACAUGAGUUUUAAAAAAAAGAAAAACAAACAAAAACCAACCUUGACGCAUGAUCCAAUCUAUCAAUGACACCAGCAAAACUUGCCAUGAUAUUUCUGUCGUGUCGUAUUACACAAAAUACUUAAAAAUUAAAGAAGCAAGAUAACUGGCCAGGUUAUCAAGUUGGUGCUUGAGUACAAAAAUAAUCACUCCCUAAUCUUGUAAAUGCCCAAAUGCUGAAGCACAACCAACCACUUUUAUCAGCCUGUAAAGGUAAAAGAAAUAUAAACCCUCUUCAGUAAUGAUUGGUCAUGGGAUUGCACUUGGGUUAUCUCCCAUGACACUAGUCCUUGCAAGGUUGUUUAUGGAAGACCCACAGUCACCCAUGCAUACCAGCGUCCCCUCUCCGUGCCAGUGAUGUUACCCAGGGGAAAGGGAAAGGCUGAUACAGCUUGGCACCAGUGAUGUUGCAACUCAUUUCUACAGUUGAGUGAACUGGAGCAACGUGAAAUAAAGUGUCUUGCUCAAGAACACAGCACACAGCCCGAUGUGGGAAUCAAACUCACUACCUCAUGAUGAGUGUAUGUGUGUGCUUGCACAUGUGUAUGUGAAAGAGAAAGAGGGUGAGAAAGAGAGAUAGAGUGAGUUAGUGAAGGUGUCUGUCGUGCUGAUUGACGUAUUUGUACGUAGUCUGUUUCUGAGAGUUGUUCUAUUGGACCUCUGUCUAAUCAUUAAAACAUUGAUUUAAUUAUUAACAUAGAAAGAAUUUAUACAUUAAUCCCUAUUUUUGUAAGCAGUUGUAUCCGUAAAAAAUUUAUUUGCAUAGAGCAGAAAUUGAAAGAAGAUAUACGAAAUGGACAUGUGUGUUUGUGUGUAUGUGUGUGUGUGUAUGUGUGUGCGUGUAUGCGUGCUUGCGCAUGUGUAUGUGAGAGAGAAAGAGAGAUAGAGUGAGUGAGUGAAGGUGUUGUGAUGAUUGACGUCUUUUAAGGUACACACAUACAUAGAAAAUGUGAGGUCGUCGUAUAAAAUGUUCAUGAUAGCUGAUUUAUGGAAAAGAUAAUGUUAAAUUUUUGAAAUGCAAAUAUGUGAAUGAAAAUUAAGUUCACACCUCUACAUGGUCGCUAGACCUGGUAGAAAUAGCAGCCAAAUCUCCCUCAAAACACCCUACUGUCUUAAUCCGACAAUUCUGCCUAUUAUGUAGUUUGAAUGAGAAACUGUAACUAGAGAUUAUUAACCUCACAAAGAGGUGAAAGAAGAGAGACAGCAUAGUGAAAGUUUUGCAACCGAAUAAUUAUCAUAUACAACCUACGUGAGCUUUGAACCUCUCGUCGCCAGAUGCUGUAAUGUGGUUUGUAUCCAAUAUAGUUGAACCACCACUAUUAGGAUAAUGGCCUACAAUACAUGGUACCAGUGUGAUACAAUAAGAUAAUGCAGCAACAAUAAGAAUGUAACUAUCUCUCACAAACCAACAAUAAAUAUUCCAAAUUUACAAACCAACCCACACUUUCCAACACGAACCAUAUAAACUCUCUCAGUUCAGUCCAUUCCUCACAAGAGGGUAUCUUGACUCUCAUGUUGGUGGUGGUAAAGACAAUGGACUGCACCCCCUUUGGGAUGUUUUUUGUUUGUUUUUUUUACAGGAACCCACUAUAUCGAGUGCAGAGAUUCCGAAUCUGCAUUUCAAAUGCAAGGAUUCAAAACAUUAAACUUUCCACACCACAUGGCAAUCAAGGCAGAUCAUCAUUUUCUUGUGUUCUUCAAAGACAGUUCAUUGAAAGCUCUAAGUCGGGAGUCCCUGAAACUUUUUUGACCAGUGAUCCUUUUAUGGAAUCCUUGAGCCCAGCCAUCAACAUAUUACUCAAGGCCAACUGCGUCAAUCUUACCAGUUUUGAAGGCAGAGCUCUUGCCUUUCGUCUCAGAAGGAAUGCAAAAGCCAAGGAUACAGCCCCCUUUGUCCAGCCAAAUUGUUCAUCACGAGGUCUUUACCCAUCACUACACUGCCGAUAAUAGCUAAAAUUCGAAAAUAUUGUGUACUAACUCAGCACGUGAAUUAGAACCGGAAGCACGAAAGCAGCAAUUUACUCCACAUGUUCAGUCGAACCAAACUGAUAUAAGAUGUAUG